AUGAACAAUCCGAACGAACGAUUCAAACCCCUCAAACAGUACUUGCGCAUGUAUACCUCCAAGACACAUGACAACUGGGAUUCAAGUCUCUCUCCACAACCCGGCACCGCCAACAACAAACUCCAACCGCGAUUCCUCGGACCCUUCGAGAUCACCGAACGUCCUAGUUCCUUCAACUACAAGCUUGACUUACCUCCCAAGUCUCGUAUCCAUCCCGUGUUCCACGUCUCCAAGCUCCGAAAACACGUUCCUCGCAACCCAGAGCAAUUUGUCAAUCAAGAUCAAGAAGAAGCCAUUCAAGAAGCCAUUCAAGAACCCUUGAUUCCUGAUAACCCUGCCUAUUAUCAAGUGGAAUACGAGUUUGAAAAAAUUAUCAAGCACUCCAAGUCUGGCGGUGGUGUUCAUAACAUUGACAUUACUGAGCUCAAGUUUACGGACGAACCAGCCGACAAUCCUGCGCACGAAGAAUAA